AAUACAAUGGACUAAUGUCAUAGAGCAAUUUUUUUUUGCUAAACUUCAGGAUUUAACUCAUUCUUCUUCUUGUUCAAGUGGUUGCUGAUUCUGAAAUCUCUUCUUCAAUAACUUAGGUCUUGGUUUCAUAGGCUUCAAGUACUUAGAUUGAAAUCUAACCAUCUCUUUCAAAACACUAAUCAGCUUCCUCUCUAUUUCUUCACCGUCAGGUUCAAUAGCUCCUAAGCACCGUGCCACAGCCUCCGCCGUAGUUACACAUCCUCCGAAUGGUUCCUUCCUUAGCACAAGCUCUGAAUCGUAGAUGGUUCCUCCACUCACUGAUGCGUCUAUUUCCGUAUCCAAACACACUCUAACCGCUCCUGCUUCUCUUAACACCACCUCGCUAGCUUUGACCAUCUCCUUCGCGUGUUUCCACGUCGCGUCGAAUACGAUUAGUCUCAGCGGCGGGGGAUUUGAGAUCUCACGAUGGUUUAAGAGGUUUAGGGAUUUGAAUUCGGAUAUAGUGACGGCGGGAGAGGAAGGAGAAGAAGGGAAGAGGUAGAUUGUUGGCGGUGCUGGGAGUGCGGUUCCUCCGGCGGUGGAGAUGUGACGGCGGAGGAGACGGCGGGCGGGGAUUCUGGUGACGUUUAGUAAGGAUUUGGUAAGGAGAGGAGUGGUGUUGAGCUUGUGGCGUGACUCGUGUGGAUGGUGGAGGAUGAUGAUUUCUGUAUUCGUCGGAAUUAGAUCCGCUGGUAAGACGUGGCAGAGACAAAUCGCAUUUGGGCGAUCGCAGUUGUCGCAGAUCUGCCGGCGAUGAUGCGCGUCUUGCUCGUCCUCCAUCGUCACUGCUCUGUCACGCGAGCAUUCCAACAUUAAUGGGAAAUUAGAAAAAAUAAAAUAAUACGCUGUCGUUUUUGGUCUAUUAGAAACACGGCAUCGUUUAAACUAAGUUUCUGAACGACGGCGUUUGACCCAUUCACGAAUACGAAUACGAUUACGAUUGUAUUCACUACGUCGUCGUUUGGUCUGUUCACGAUACAUCGUCGUUGGGCAUUAACUUAUUUAACUCUCUGUCUCUUCUCCGGUCACCAUUUACCCAAUUGUACACGACCACUUUUUAGUUUUGACGAUUAGAUGAUCAACGUUGCUGGAAGUAGGAAAAUUAGAUAAGAGUACUGAUCAAAUCCUAAGAGAGAAUGUCCGGCGUCACCUCGGAGCCUAUUGCUAUGGAUGCCACUCGGUUCCAGCACACUCCUUACUACUGCGAAGAGAAUGUGUAUCUGCUCUGCAAGACGUUGUGCGAGAAUGGUGUAGCGGAGGCAACGUGUUCUGAUUUGUUUGUUGUUUUUAUCUCCAAUGAGAAGAAGCAGGUUCCACUUUGGCAUCAGAAAGCUAGUACCAGAGCUGAUGGGGUUGUACUGUGGGAUUAUCAUGUCAUCUGUGUCCAGAGGAAGAAAGAAAGUGAUUCUGAGCCUUUGGUGUGGGAUCUUGAUUCGACUUUGCCUUUCCCUUCACCCUUAGCCUCAUAUGUGACUGAAACUAUCCAGCCAUCUUUUCAGCUUUUCGCAGAGUACCAGAGGUUCUUCCGCAUUGUUCAUGCUCCUCUGUUCUUUAAGCAUUUCGCUUCCGAUAGAAGACACAUGAAAGAACCUGAUGGAAGUUGGACUGCUCAACCUCCACCCUAUGAACCCAUUGUUGCCCAAGAUGGAAUCUUGCACAAUUUGAGCGAGUACAUUGCCAUGAGCGGUGCGGAUACAUUGUCAAGCUUGGAUCCCGAAACAGUGACAGCAGCAAUUUCACAGAAACUUGGUGUUGUGGUGAGCCACACUCAGCUUCAGGAUCUCUUCACCAAGCUUCCUUAGCAUUCCAAUGUCUUUUUCUUAUGGGAUCAAAACUGUGUCAUUACUUGUAUAUUCAGGCAUGUUUUCAGUUGUCUUUUUGUCUUUAUUGAUGAAGCAGAGACUGAUUUUAGAUGGGG